CAAACCAACAAAAAAACAAUUAAAAUAUUCAUUCCCAUCUGGCUCACUCAGCCUUGUAUGCCCCAACAAUUACGCUAUGGAGAUUCCAGUUCUGCAUCCAUACAUCAACCCAAUCACACUAACAACAACACUUCUCUUUCUCUCUUCCACACAAAAUGAAACCCAACAGCAGCAUUACAGUGUCAGCCAAAACCGACUCCGAGGUAAGCAGCCAAACCCAAUCCUCCCCGGCAAGAUCACCCCGACGCCCCGCCUACUAUGUCCAAAGCCCAUCACGUGACUCCUCCAACGACGAGAAAACUUCUAACUCCUUCAAUUCAAGCCCGCUUCAAAGCCCGUUAGCCUCUCCUCCUCAUUCUCAUUCCAACUCCUCCUUAGGCCCCCAUUCUCGUGAAUCUUCCUCCACAAGAUUCUCCGCUUCUCGCAAAAGCAGCAGCGCCUCGCAUACCCGGAGAUGGAAGCCGUGGAAGGAUCAUUUCUAUCCCAUCGAAGAAGAAGGCCUUCUCGAUGAUCACGACGAUGCAAACCACGGCUUCCCUCGGAGAUGCUAUUUCCCUGUUUUUGUUCUUUGCUUUACGGUUCUCUUCACCGUUUUCGCUCUCGUUCUUUGGGCUGCAAGUCGCCCUCAAAAACCCGUCAUUUUCCUUAAGAGUAUUACAUUUGAUAGAUUUAUUAUUCAAGCCGGUGCGGAUGUAUCAGGAGUUGCAACUUCCAUGGUGUCAAUGAAUUCAACUGUGAAAAUGACAUAUAGAAACACAGCAACAUUUUUUGGUGUCCAUGUUGCAUCAACUCCAUUAGAUCUCAAUUACUAUGAACUUACACUAGCCACUGGAAAUAUUCCUAAGUUUUAUCAAUCAAGAAAAAGUGGGAGAUCUAUACAUGUGAUGGUGGAAGGAAACCAUGUACCACUCUAUGGAGGUGGAGCAAGACUAAACACCUUGAACGGUUCACCGGUUGAACCGGUUUCAUUGACAUUGAGUGUGACAGUAAGGUCAAAGGCUUAUGUUUUGGGACAAUUGGUGAAACCUAAGUUCAACAAGAAAAUAGAGUGUGGUUUGAUUAUGGAUCCGAAGAAAAUGGGUGUGCCCAUUCCACUUACAAACAAGUGCACGUAUGAGUUGUAGAUUCAACCAUACGUGGAAGUAAUGAGAGAUAAGUCAUCAUAGAAUAUAAUAAGAUUUAAAGGGGUUUGAGUAUUUAUUUUAUUAGAGACUAGAUUCUCAUAAUGCAGUUUUCUUUGGCUUCACUCUGUGUCAGAAUUCGGUUUGUUUUGAAGGAAAUAGCACAAGAGUGUGAUAUGGAUUUUGUCGGUUGUUUUAUUUCAAUUGUUAUAUUUUAAUCACAAGGUGAAUGAAAUAAGCAUAAAAUGUGUAUUGAUAUG